UGAUGUGAAGCGAAGCUACAAUCUACUUUGGAUGAGUGCGGCAGUGAACACAAAAUCAAAUCAGAGCGUGAUGCUUUAGCUUACACUGUGCAUGUCUAAUGUGACUGUGGCUCUUCAACAUACAGACCUAUGAUUCUAAAAUAUGAACAAUGGCUUGAUGGAGUAAGGAUGAAUCAUUCCGUAUGAAAGAUUACUGGACAGCUAAAAAACACAUUCAGUGCGGGUUGUGGAGCUGGGGAGUGAGGCAAAUAAUUGCAUUUACUUCACUGUCAGUGGACUGAAGGAUAAAUGUUCGUUAGUGAUAGUGGGUUGUCAUGACUACCCGGCAGGCAUCUUGGCCGACUUUGGCGAGGGUCAUCAAAAAGCAAGAAUAUGCCAUCGAGUUACAACUGGCAACAGAGAAAGAUCAUUAUCUGCCUGGCGAACAACUCACUGGUAAAAUAUACUUGGUAGCCAAGGAGUCGAUAAGAGUUUCUAAACUUGUGGCCGUAGUUGAGGGUUACAAUAAAGUGGGCUGGGAAGAGGGCCGCAAAACGGCUAACUAUUCAGAAGAAGUUAAACUGUUCGAGGAGCGUAUCCUGGUUCGUGCUUUUAACAAACCCAUACCCGUGGGGAGGUAUUUCUUCAAGUUUAGUUAUGUGGUGCCGGAGUUUCUACCGUCCUCUUUUAGUUUGGAAUCUUGUAAAAGAACUCUCCAAUGGGAAGAUAUAAAGAUGCACGAAGCCUCGGUACAAUACUCAAUAAAAGCAGUGCUGGAAAAGGACGAUGUAUCAAUAGGACAGGAAGCAGUACAGCCGUUUCUCAUUCAUUCCACUCCAGAACAAACGGAAACACAACGCAAGCAAGACAUUACCGAACAGAUAAAAACAUUCGGGUGUUUUCCCAGAGGCUAUAUUACUGUUAGUGUGCGAAUAGAUAAGGAUUGCUACAGACACGACGACGUUUUAGGAUUAACGUUAGAGAUCACCAACAUGACCGCUUUGGUAUGUAAGAACAUUAUUGCUGUGCUGUUCCGUAAGCUGAAGGUUUUAGCAAACAGAUCUCAAAGGAAUAUACGCACCAAGGAGUAUAUGUUGGAGUUUGAGGAUGUUCCUUCGGGCGAGAAAGCAGUUUUUAAGCGAGAUUUAGACUUAUCAGAGUCCGACGUGCUUCCCACAACCAACUCUAGAAACAUCAAAUGUAACUACGUCUUGGCAGUACGAUGUGAAGUCCCUUUCGCGACUAGUAUUGACGCAACGUUGCCAGUGACGAUGAUAUUGGAACCUGAUGCGAACUACCAUAAAACGUUACCGCCUGAUCAGCUGUACAGACCUUGGAAAAACUGAGGCAAAAAGGUGAGAGUCACUGACAUCCACUCUGUUAGACUGCCAGAAAGCAAGGCGAGGGAUCACUUUUAAUUCAAAAUUUGCGAACUUAUUUUAAGACGGUGUGAAAAUCUUGAUUCUGUGAAUAACUUCAUCCUGUCAUCAUCCUGGCACUUAGUCGUGCUGUGGACACUUCUCAUCAUUAAUGCACUCACGAGUGUUUGACAUUUAACAAAACUGUAAUUUAUGAAUAUAAUUUAAAUCAAGUAACGUAACAAUUUUAUUGCUGUUUUCAAACUAAUUAAUCAUGGUUGCUAUGCCAAUUUAAGAUUAAAAUGUUGCCUUGCAAUAUACAAUGUAUAAUACAUUUUAUCUC